GAAAGCAAAAGUAAAGAAACGCUAUAAUUUUUUCAAGCUACUAAUUCCGGAAUUUUCUAAAAAUUGCAAUAAUUUACGCAAUUUGCUUGAAAGUAUAUAGAAGUGAAUUAUUAAAACUAAAUAAUUUUAAGUUAGUUACAAAAAGAGAAUACUCUACAACAUGGAUGAAGCGCGUGAUGAAAGCCAGUUUAUUGUGGACGACGUAAGCAAAAUAAUUAAGGAUGCUAUUGAGAACACGAUCGGCGGCAACGCCUACCAACAUGACAAAGUAAACAACUGGACGGGACAAGUUGUGGAGAACUGUCUUAGUGUGCUCACCAAGGAGCAGAAACCAUACAAAUACAUUGUCACAUCGAUGAUAAUGCAAAAGAAUGGCGCCGGUCUGCAUACAGCCAGUUCAUGCUAUUGGAAUAAUGACACCGAUGGCAGCUGCACUGUGCGUUGGGAAAAUAAAACUAUGUAUUGUAUUGUAUCGGUGUUUGGCCUGGCUGUUUAAGAAUUGAUGAAAAAACUAAAGUAAGGGGACGCCAAAAGCGGCUGCAGCCAGGGGAGGGUAUAGACUUUUUAGUUGUUUUCGGUGGACACAACAACAAAGUAAAACAGUAAAUACUAUAGAAACAUACAUAUAACAUUCUCAACCCAGAUAAACGCUUAUUACAGCCAUUUGAAUUCAAUUAUAAAAUCGAUUUAUUACUCUAACCAUAGAGCUUGUAACAAAAAAAUGUGUUAAAUCUUUUAUAGCUGCAUAAGUUGUUAAAACUACAAAAUAAAAUAAAUUUUUUAGGGCCUUAAAAUUUAAUAAAAAAUAUAGUUGAGGUGGAGUGCGUAUUGAUUUUAAGAAUGUUUAAUAUGUGCAGCAAUUGACUAUAAAUUCGAAUUAAAAUCGCAGAAAAUGUAUUUUUAUAGGGUACCGAAAAAUGUAUAUGUAUAU